AUGUGUAAGAAAACAAUUAUCCUUACACAAAAGGUUGUGUAUUUCUCAAGGAAUAUAACUAUGUCUUCAAAGUAUGAAACUUGUGCAACUCCUAAUGACCAAUUAUUGAACGCUGAUACUGAGAAAAGCUCGACGUUGUCCUUAUUGUCCAAUCAACCUCAUAGAGCCUUAUUGCACAAAAGAUCAGCAAGUGAUUCCAUUGCCUUUGUGAAAAAGUCUCAUUGGGCAGGGACAAGCUCCAACAUUGAUGUACAAGGGUGCUUGGAAAUCAAUGGAAGUGAUGCUGAUGGAAAGGGAAAUGGAACAAUGGGGGAUUCAUCAUCGGCUUCAUCUCCCAUAGCUGAGACUCACUAUCCAACUCAAUAUGGAAAGUGGGGUCCGAACUUUUGCCCUGACAUGGACCCCAAGAAGAUCAAACGACUGCUUGCAAAUAGAGUUUCAGCUCAGAAAUCUAGGUUGAAGAAGGCAGAAUACAUUGAAAAUCUUAAAAAAGAUAUAGCUAUGAAAGAGAUUUUUAGGCAAAAGUGGCGGUCCUAG